AUGACAGCCCACGACCCCCUUACGACGUUCCUCGCCGCCAAGGGGGCCUUGGAAGCGGCGCCGGCCCCGGGCGGCGCACGCGCGCGCGCGUGGGCGGCACUUUGCAGCGCGGCCGAGGGGGUGGGGCUCGAGGCUGCAUACCAGCUGUAUGCGCGCGCCUGCCAGGACCUGCAGACCUGGCCGCCAGGCACCUGCCCAACCGACGCCGCCGAGCGCCUCUCCCACGCCCGCCUCCACGUGCUCGCGGCGCUCGCGCGCCGCCCGCCGCCCGCCGCCGACGCGGCGCGGUACUGGUGCGACGCGCGGCUGCCCAGGGGCCGCCGGCGCGUGUUUGCGGUGUCAGACCUGCACAUUGACAAGGCCGGGCCCCGCCACAUGGAGUGGGUGCGGGCGGUAAGCCCCACCGCGUUUUUGGCCGACGUGCUGAUCGUCGCCG